AUGUCUGCUGCUUUGAUCGCCGAUGUGGAGGCUGGUAACCUCCGCAAGAGAAUUUCCGAACAACAGUACAAGGAUACAUUAGAGCAAACUUACGAAGAACUUAAAGCCAAGUAUGGAGACAUCAGCACCAUUAAGUUUGAGCCCGAGAAACACUUGAAGUACUACUCUAGUGAUGAACUUGACCAACACAAGUAUCACAGCACCCGCAGAUUGACCAUGGAGGAGUUGGGCCUCACACACAAGACUCAAAUCUCUCCCAUUGGUGUUUCAGACCCUUUCCCAUUGUUCACAGAAGAGGCCACCGACAUCAUGAAGAUGGAGUGUUUGCAAAAGGAGGUUUUCUUGAAGUACGCCAGAACUUCCUUCAACUCCACCAGUGGCAUGGAUUGCAUUAUCAGACACUACGCCAAAGUCCGCGACGAGGUUGUGACCCCAUUUAUUUACCAGGCCUGGACUCACCCAAAAACAAUCGAGUUGAUUUCCACCAUGGCUGGCGUGGAAUUGGAAAUUGUGAUGGAAUGCGAAAUUGCUCAUGUGAACAUCGGUGUCACAUCUGAAGAAGUUGCUGAACAGCAGAGAAAGGUACGCGCUAGGGAGCAGGCUCUCAGCGGCAAAAGUUCCGGUGAAGACAUUCCUGCCAUUGUUGGCUGGCAUUACGACUCUCCUCCAUUUGUGUGUGUCCUUAUGUUGUCUGACACCACCAACAUGAUCGGGGGAGAGACCUAUCUUCGCAUGGGAGACCAGAAGAUUGCUAAGGUGCCGGGCCCUCAAAAGGGUUCUGCAGCCGUCUUGCAAGGACGCUUGAUUCAACACUUGGCCCCCAAGCCUCUCGGUACUUCGGAGAGAAUCACUAUGGUUACUAGUUUCAGAGCUAAAGAUCCAAACGUGUACGAAGGCUCGGUAUUGAGUACCGUGAAGCCAGAGGUUAACUAUGGAAGCCGUUACCACGACUUCUAUCCUGAAUGGGUGGACUACCGUGCCCGUUUGUUGAGUGAACGUCUUCAAAACUUGGCUAGUGCAGUAAAGGCUGCAGACAAGUUUGAUAAGAAGGCCACCAUUGACUCUUUGAAAUCUAUUGAGGCAUACUUGCGUGCAACAUACACUGAAAUGGAAGUUAGUCCUGAAGAAUGGGCAACCAUCAUGGCGAAAGAAAAGGACAUUACUGUGGCCGCAUAA